AUGUUAAAUAUUGAAUCGUGGUUUAUAUCAUUUGAUAUAUUAUCAAUUCUAUUUACUUUAUUAGUCGUUGGAUGUUCAAUAUUUUAUUUAUUGAUUAUUAUUCUUAAUAAAAUGUGGCAUAGUGUUCCAAUGAUGUUAAUAACAAAUUCAUGUUUAGCUCAUCUUAUAUUUGGACUUGAUAGAGUUUGGAUAGGUGGAUUUCGAUUACAGAAUGAUCUUCGACAAAUUCAAUAUGAAGAUAAUUUAUGUAUUUUUCGAAUUUAUAUUGCAUAUGUUGCAUGUGCUAUAUUAAAUUUUUCUUAUUUAUUACAAUCUAUUUAUCGAUAUAUAUAUGUAGUUUACCCAAGUUAUUUAUUUUGGCAAUCAAGACAGAUACAAUUUUUAUUUAUUUGUUUAACAUGGAUAUUAAGUAUUACAUAUCCAUUUCUAUUUCUAUUUAAUGGACAAAUUAUUUAUGAUGUUCACAAUCAUAUUUGUCAAUUACCAUUUCAAUUGUCAUUUUCAUUAAUUUAUAUGUUAAAUUGUAGUUAUAUAAUACCUGUUUUCUUAAUAAUGAUAACUUAUUUUAAAUUAGUUUUAUAUGUUCGUAUGAUGAGUAAACGAGUAAUACCAGUUAAUAUUUAUAUUCGUGCAAAGCGACAAUUAAGAAUGGUUCGAAAUAUUGUUAUACUUAUACUGAUUCUUCUUAUAACUGGUUUUCCUUAUGGUGUAUUUGUUGUUAUGUCGUUUUUUAAGAAUAUACCUAAAUAUCAUUGUCGAUUUUCUUGUGUAUUUUUCGAUGUAUUUUCUGUAACAGUAAUGAUUGCUUUAUAUCAAUUUACAGAUCCAAUUAAAAUGUCUGUGAUGGGAAAAAUUAAACAACGACGAAAGAUAAUGUUAAGAAAGUAUCGUUUAACCUACUAA